AUGUCUGGCGUGGAUGCUCAUGGCAAGGCCAUGGGGGAGGCGCAGUCGGAUAGGCCGGUGAGCUCUUCAUCACUCACCGCAGCAUCUCCAACUACUCCUAACCCGACAGCAGCAGACACUGGCACUGCUGCUCAUGCCGGUGGCUCCCCCGUGGAUAAUGAGACGGACGAACAUGUGCCACCGGUUAUUGCGCACGUCCGGAAGAACUUCGGUGUGCUCGCCCCAACCAUUGAGCCCUUCAUCUACCGUAGCGGUUGCCUGAACAAAUCAGUAGUUGAUGUGUACAACAACCUGUCGCGCAACUACAUUGCCAUUGUAGACGCUGCCUUAAAGCAGGUAGGGUUUGAGGAGUUUUCGAUGCAGAUGCAGAUAAUGCUGACCCAGAUCCUCUCUGAGGAGUUCGGCGAAGAUACGGAGUAUCUUGUCAACACCAUCCUCACCUACACCGGCGCCGACACCCUGUUCGUCUCCCUUCUUUCCAAAUCUAUGUUGGACCAGGUCAUCACGUACGCACAAUCGAUCAUGAGCGGUAGCAUGUACGGCAUGGGCUACAACAUGCAGGGCGGUGGAGGGGGUGGUGGUGGUGGUCGCGGUGCUGAGGGUGCCAGUAAUAGCUACUACCGUGGCGCACAACAGCGCCACGGAUACCGCAGUGUCGGCGAAAAUGGGUCGCCGCACGAUCCUCGCGGCAACUCUGUCACCGCCAGCUCUCCGCAUCACGACGGGGCCGCACAACAGAAGCCGUACCGCAGCAGCGGCCUCGCCCCCCAGCCCAGCGACCCAGGCAGGGAGCGUAGCAGCGAUGAUUUACGCGCCAAUAGCGAUGUACUCUUUCAACGCGAGGAGAGUCGAGAAUGGGGUGCCGGUUCAGGGCCGCAUCGCGGCGCUACCGCGAUGGGAGGCGUCCACGUAGAUUCUGGUGCUGCUCCCCGGGGGGUCGGUGCCGCCCUGAUGAGUGGGAUGGGCGCAGGUGCAACCGGUCGCACAGAGGUGUCCGUGAAUAAGUCCAUGAGCGACACUGUAUCGGGUGCAGGAGUGAUAUCGCGUCACCCGCACCAUCAUCUUUCCUCUUCUGCUGCCGCCUCCGCGACAUCCUCGAAGUCGCCGUCGAUGGAGCGAGGUGCAAUGAAUGUGAUACCCCAGCACAACCUUCUGAUGCCGCGAAUGUCACCGGCGAGCAACCAGCCGCGCGUGCCCACGCCAGGGGCGCCUAACGUGCCGCAGCCCACCACAGUUUCCCCGAUGCCGACGAUAGGACGUGGUGGGCCGGGGAUCCCGAUGCACCACCAUCACCACCACCUCGGCAUUGGCGCAAUGGCAACCAACAGUGCCCCCGCCAGUGACUGGGCUGGCAGCAACACGGCAUCUGGGUCCACAUCAAAUAUCAACCCCACCGGGCAGCACACCCUAACCCCACCGUCAUCGCAGUCCGCAUCCAUGCAGCAGCACCAAACGCAGCAGAUACAGCAGCAAUCCCAGCAACAGCCGCAGGCGCGUACCAUGAACAUUCCCGCCCCAUUGAGUGUGCAGCGUCGUACUGAAAAGAACGUGGCAGUAGCGGCAGCCACGGCACCCGCCAACGGCAGCGCGCCUGCCAACUCGACUAGUACCAAUAGUAAUAGCGCUGUUGCGGAGGCAGGAGUCGCUCUGCGCACCAUUUCCGCGACUCUUGGCGGAAACGCGAACGUUCCGGCGCCGCGCGGGGCACAAUCGCUCGCCCAUCACCAGCACCACAUACCCCUCUCUCACCACCAUCACCAUCAUCACCGCUUCGCCGCGCCCCCACCUGCGGUCACGGCAGCUGUGCAGCUGCCGUCCGCUACGCAGUCGCCACCAGCCACCGAGGAGCGGGUUGCAGCUGCUUCUGCCCGCUCGACAAGCUCGCCGGCGCCGGAGAUGAGCUUGCCUGCUGCUCGGACCUGUUCAUCGACCCCAGCCUCCAUCACAUCCGCCCCUGCUGCCACGAACGCCCCGACGACUUGCGCACCCCCGCCAGCGCUGCGUGGUGUAGGCCACAUCCCUAUUCACCAUCACCACCACCACAUCCACGUGAUGGUGAAUAAGGUAGAGGUAUCCUCGUCGCUGCCGCAACGGCUGCCGCAACAAAUGCCUGUGGCACCGCAGCUGCAGCCGCAGUCACACCCGCCGCAGCGUGUAGCCACCCUGAUCGACGGACAUGAACAGCAGCAGCAGCAGGAGCGGACCAACGCCGCUAACGGUCGCUGGCCUAAUCAGAAGGAGGAGCUGCGUGGAAUGCUGUUGACCGCACGUGUUUCGGAGAGCGCGAUCACGCACUUGCUGACGGAUGUGAACAUAGAAGAGCUGCGGGGCUUGAAGUACGUAGAUUUUGAGAAGAAGCUCCGUGGCGGUAUUCCGCUCAUGUUAGACCGUCAGCGCAUCCGUCAGGUUCUGUUUAGCAGCGUUGCUGUACCGGGCCAGUCAAGCGAUAGCGACGAGCCCGCCAUGCGCUUCCACCGCAAGAACACAACCAGCGAAGUAGGUGCAGAGGAGGAGGCUGGUGGGCCUGGCCUGCCUAGGCGGCCUGCGGUCACUUCCAGUGGCGCGCAGAGUCCGGUGACGCCGUAUCAAUCCUUACCUAUGAGCAAGGCUGGGGUGCAGGUGCCGCAGCCUCGCACAAAGAUGCAGCAGCAGCAACAGCAGACGCUGCAGUCCAUCAACGGUGGUAACACUGCGACCUCGCCAGCGGAUGCGAGCUUUUCCUCUCCGGAGAAAGAGACUGAGAAGCGCGAGAGCGGCACCAAAACAGGGAGUACGACCACGACUAGCGGCGCACCCACCUCCCCGGUGCGAGGCCCGACUCCGGCGCCGUCCCCCAACAGCAGCUACAGUCCUAGCACUCGUAACGAGGAGACGGAGGAUAAUCGUGAGGAGGAGCAGCGACGUGGUAGCGGCCGCCGCGGCGGGAAGCGUGGAGGUCUGGGUCGUGGCGGCUUUGUCCCAUCGCGCGUGUGCAAGUUCUUUGGUACUGCAGAAGGAUGCCAGUACGGAGACAGGUGCCACUACGUGCACAGCAAGUGA